ACCUGGGGCUUGGAAUACUCUCACCCCUUCUGCCUAAUGACUGGUGGUUGAUGUCUUUUGGGAGGAUCCUCGGGAGUUAUUCUUACGCAGGAUGCCUCUAAAUAACUCGGGAUCCCUAUCCCAACCCAUCUUGCAUCGGGUAGGACUGGUGGGAGCGGCCGCUCGCUUCUACCAGCGCUCCUAUGCGGCCGACUAUAUUGCAUUGGGUUUUCUGGCGAUGGGAUGGCUGCUGAUACAAGUCUUCGUGAACCCAUUCCACCGCAUGUUCUCCCUCGACAACAAGGCCAUCCAAUUUCCAUUCGCCGUCCAUGAACGGGUUCCAGUUGGCAUGUCCGUCAUCUACGCCGGUGUCCUUCCCUGCCUCAUCAUCCUCGCUUGGUCGGCCAUGCUACACCCCGGUGUACACAAGACACAGGUCACAAUGUUGGGCCUGUUGGUAGCUCUGAUGCUGACGUCUUUCUUGACUGAUGUGAUCAAAAAUGCUGUGGGCCGGCCUCGUCCAGAUCUGCUUUCGCGUUGCAAGCCUUCUCGGGGCACGGCGGAUAACGUACUGGUCGCGUGGACAGUUUGUACCGAGUCCAAUCAACACAUUUUACAAGAAGGAUGGCGCAGUUUCCCCAGUGGUCAUAGCAGCUUCUCAUUCAGUGGACUCGGCUACCUAUCCCUCUUCGUAUGUGGCCAGAUGCAUGUCUUUCGACCUCGAACGGACCUCGCUCGGUGCUUAUUAGCAUUCUUCCCGCUGCUUUGUGCCGCACUAAUUGCUAUCUCUCGCCUGGAUGAUUACCGGCACGAUGUCUAUGAUGUGACGGUUGGCGCAACUCUAGGGAUGCUGAUCGGCUGGUUCUCAUACCGCCGCUACUACCCACCCUUGCGGUCAGUUCGUUGCGAUACCCCCUAUGACAAAGCCGACAUUGGUAGUAUUGAGGGAUUCAGCAAGUUGGAUGAUGAGGAACAAGCGAUUUCCCGACCGCUCGUCUCUCGCCAAGGUUCUGGAACCGAGGAAAGCUACCAGAUGGACCAUGCGGAGAUGUCUAGCACUGCUUGAGAGGGGAAACAUAAGCGCAUUAUCAUAUAUCUUCAUGUGACCAGGAUCUUUGACAACGCAGCAAAGCUGUACAUUGCAUAUGCACCAUUUAUCAAAUGAAUAUGAGUCGAUCAGGCCUGUCUACUAUAAACUGCUCUUCCCAGUGGGGUCUUAUACC